AGCAAUGUUUGCAACUGGGCGUCGUCGAGACUAGAGACUUCCUGCCCGAGCGUGACCAAAUCAGCUAGCGUUCAACAUUUUUUGGUUUCUUCUCUCAACAGAUUUCAGAUUGUUUUUCGAUUCGAUCCUAGAUAGGCACACUUCUUGGCUUGUUUGCCUUUUAUCUGUUUGUACAAGUGCGAACGAGUAAUAUCAAUCUUCAUCAAGAAUGGCGUUGAGUGGCUGUUAUGGAGUUCUGAAGUGGAUCGUCUUCUUUGUCAACCUCAUCUUCUGGUUGGCUGGUGUUGGCGUGUUGGCCUUGUCAAUCUGGCUGCUCUUCGAUCAAGCGGUCGUCUUCAUGGCAAAAGGUGCCCAAGAUUACGCCACCGGAACUUACAUCCUGUUGGCAGCCGGAGCAUUGAUGACCGUCAUCGGAUUUCUUGGCUGCUGCGGAGCCUUGCGUGAAAGCCAAUGUUUGCUUGGAACCUUCUUUGUCUUCCUGAUGAUCAUCCUGGUGGCUGAGAUUGCCGCCGGCGUUUGGGCCUACAUGAACCGCGCCGACCUGAACAAACUUGUGCAGGAGAGCGUGCGGGACACGGUCCGUCGUGACUAUGGCAAGGACGAUGUGACAACCAAAACCUUCGACAUGAUCCAGAAAACCCUCAAGUGCUGCGGUGCUGAGAGCUACGCCAGCUGGGCAAACUCGGCUUACAAUGGAGUUGGUGAGAAGUCGCCGCUCGAGAUCGGCAUUAGUGCCCUGGCGCCUACUUAUUCCGUACCCAAGUCCUGCUGCGCUGAUCCAGACUCGGAUGCGUGUGAAGUUACUCGCAAGCUCGGCUCGCUCGGCUUCGCCGCUUCCGCCCUGGGCAUUGUUUAUACCGACGGCUGCGCACCAAAGUUGGAAUCGCUGAUCCACCAGUACUUCACCUACGUGUUCGCCGCUGGCAUCGGAAUUGGUAUCAUCGAGCUGCUCGGAAUGAUCUUCUCCAUGUUGCUCUGUUGUGCAAUUCGUAAGAUUGAGGACUUUAAGGCUUAAGGGGGGGAAAAAACAAACUGAACCAACAGCCACACACAACAAAAACAAGAGAAGAAAACAUUUUUUUGAAAAAAAGAAAAAUCACAAAGUAAGGCGAUGCGACUAAGAAAAAUUUCUUUAAUAUCUAACGGCGCAGAAACGCCCCAAAAAGUUCGUUAUCGCCGUCACCAGUUUAUUUUUUUGCGUUCAAAUUUCUAAACUUCAUUCGUUUCGGAAAUCCAUUCUAGUUACUGCCCUCACAUCAUUAUACACACGAUCGUUGUCAGAUAAUCCCGCUAAACUUAUAUAAUUUCCUCUUAGCCUGAAACAUUUUUUUUUUUGAAAUAUUUAUUAAUUGGCUCUUUGGACAUUUAUCGCUUUGGUUUUUUCUCUGCCCCCCCUCCAAACUCUCAUCAAUUCAUAUCUUGAAAAACUACCAUGUCGGCAAAAGGAAACAUGGCUUCUUUUUCGUUAGUAUUCAGAAGUUUUACCACACAAGCUUUUUGACAUUUGUUUUUCAUCUCUUGCGUCAUUAAAGUCUUUAAUCUCUUAUCUAUACCUAUCUCUUUAUAACCUGAUGGAUGUCAAUUUGCUGUUCGUACGGUAUUUUUGUGGGAUGGGGUGGGUGUCGUUCUGUGUCAAACCUGAGAUCUUUUUUUAAUUCGCAAACAAUUCCUCUGCUUCAUCUCCUUCAUUCUGCUUUUCUCCUGCAAACGCACAGAAUUCUGAGGACAAGAUAAGAGAAUUGUAAAACUUCCAGUCGAAUCUCACAAUCUCCCUUUCAUUCGAACGAGAAAAGCGGCCCAAAUGAAUGUCGUCAUCUAUUAUUUCUGCAGUAAUAUUCUUGUUUGUUUGGCUCAAUAAUUGGAUAUCUUUUUAUCUUGCAUCUGAUCUACCAACUUGAUUCAAGUAGAUUCUGUAGGAAAUGGUUUUUCGGCCCUUCAGACUUUUUGAUCGAGUGCAAGGGCUGCACAGUCGCUUUCUUAAUGUUUUCGAAUCUCUUAUCAAUUUAUCUCCCCAAAAAGAAACUCAAUGGCCAAACGCUCUUUUUUACAAGACAAGGAACAUUUCUGAAGCAAAAGCAGAACAAAAACAAGUUGGAAGAAGCCAUCGAGUUGUCUGGUCUCUCGCCACCUCCCCCCAUCUUUGUUUUUCACGCAUAACAUAUGAAUCUUUCGUAUCGCGAUCCCUCCCUCCCCCCUAUUUGAUAUUUCAAUAUCGUACCACUUGUGUAUGUUAACUACCAUUCUGAGGCCCAGUAGCGUUUGGUGUGGUAAAAGAAAGAAGAAAAAAAAACUCGUCAUUUUGGAAUCUACAGAAAAAAACAAAACAAAAACAAACCAAAACUUUACUGUUCAUUAACCGUGUGUGUAUGGCAGCACUUAUUCACUUUCAUCCAAUACAAAUUCUCGUUUCCUUGUG